CCACGCUUGCUGUCGAGUCAAGAUGAUUUGAUGUCUUGUCACAAAGCCCUCGUUGACCAUGAUGGCCACGCAGACUUUAAGUAUAGACAGCUAUCAAGAUGGGCAGCAAAUGCAAGUAGUAACAGAAUUAAAAACUGAGCAAGAUCCUAACUGCUCUGAGCCUGAUGCAGAAGGAGUAAGCCCUCCCCCUGUUGAAUCUCAGACGCCGAUGGAUGCAGACAAGCAGGCCAUUUAUAGGCACCCGCUCUUCCCGCUGUUGGCUCUGCUCUUUGAGAAAUGUGAGCAGUCCACGCAGGGCUCGGAAGGCACGACCUCAGCCAGUUUUGAUGUGGACAUUGAAAAUUUCGUCCGGAAGCAGGAGAAGGAAGGGAAACCUUUCUUUUGUGAAGAUCCAGAAACCGACAAUUUAAUGGUAAAAGCAAUCCAGGUUUUACGUAUUCAUCUUCUUGAGCUGGAAAAGGUUAAUGAACUCUGCAAAGAUUUCUGCAGCCGCUACAUUGCUUGUCUGAAAACGAAAAUGAACAGUGAGACCCUGUUGAGUGGAGAGCCUGGAAGUCCGUACUCCCCUGUGCAGUCCCAGCAGAUCCCCAGUGCCAUUACGGGCACGCUCAGCCCUCAGGGCAUUGUGGUGCCCGCAUCUGCCUUGCAGCAGGGAAACGUAACCAUGGCAACUGUGGCAGGUGGCACAGUGUACCAGCCCGUCACAGUGGUCACGCCCCAAGGUCAAGUAGUGACGCAGGCGCUGUCGCCGGGGACAGUCAGGAUCCAGAAUUCACAGCUUCAGCUGCAGUUGAACCAGGACCUCAGCAUCCUGCACGCGGACGACGGCUCGGCCAAGAACAAGCGGGGUGUCCUGCCGAAGCACGCCACCAACGUGAUGCGCUCGUGGCUCUUUCAGCACAUUGGGCACCCCUACCCUACGGAGGACGAGAAAAAACAGAUUGCUGCGCAGACAAACUUGACACUACUACAGGUUAACAACUGGUUUAUCAAUGCCAGGCGACGGAUUCUUCAGCCAAUGUUGGACUCCAGCUGUUCAGAAACGCCCAAAACCAAGAAGAAAACAGCUCAGAACAGACCCGUCCAGAGGUUCUGGCCCGACUCCAUUGCCUCAGGAGUUGCCCAGGCACCACCGAAUGAGCUCACCAUGUCAGAAGGAGCAGUGGUCACAAUCACGGCGCCUGUGAACAUGAACGUGGACAGCCUCCAGUCUCUGACCUCAGACGGGGCCACGCUGGCGGUGCAGCAGGUCAUGAUGGCGGGCCAGAGCGAGGACGAGUCUGUGGACAGCACGGAGGACGACGGAGGCGAGCUCCCCGCCACCCACAUCAGCGGGCUGGUCUUGGAGAACAGCGACUCCCUGCAGUAGGGCAGGAGGGUGCCCGGCAGCCAGGACGUGGAGCAGGCGCGCCUGACUUUUUAUAGCUUGCACAGCAAACGUUUUACACACGUUUUAUUUCUAAUAUGUUUUAUAUGUAGAUAUAGAAGAGUGCACUUUUGUAUUUCAUAGUAAGCUUCAGGAGCGUCUUUGGUGGUGCCGCAACCUCCUUCAGGUGUGUGUGUGUGUGUGUGUGUGUGAGUGCGUGUGCGAGCGUGUGCGAGCGUGUGCGCGUGUGUUCAAUUUUAAGACAAUACGUUCAAGCUGUAAUUCGAGGACCGUGGUGGGUGAGGCACGCGGCUGGUGAGAUGGAGGCGGCAGCUGCUGCGCCCUCCUGGGCGCAGCCUGCGGGCCAGCUGCCCUGUGUCUGAAAGAAGCUCCUGCACCCGAACUGCCAGCGCAUGGUUGGCCGGCCAGCGGCAGCCCGGAGAGGAGCAGCGCGCGAGCUCACGGUGAAUGUGUGGCGGUUGGCCCAAGUCUGAUUUCUCUCGCCUGAGCCUCUCUCCUUUGCUAGAUAUGAAAAGAAGCGCCUAUUUUUACCUUGCUGGAAUUAUUGGAUAAAAAGCUAUUUUUAUAAAUUCAUUAUGAAUUGGAUUAUGACUAUAUUGAGGAUAAAAUUUCUAGAGAAGAAACAAUACACGCAUAGUACUUCAAAUUGGACCAAAUUCAGUGGACCUGCCUAAAGUUAGCUAGCAUUCCGCGGUUCUCUGCUGUCCCUGGGCAGGCGCUGGCGUUUGCUGCCGGAAGCAAAGCGAGUGUUCGGUGCCGGGGCAGUUUCGCCCCGUUUUCCGGUCUGUGUGCACUGCUCGGCUUGCCUCACUUGAUCUAGACACGUUUCUAAAGAAAGGUAUGUGCUCAUAGGACUUCAGGUAAGGUGAGUGGAAAUGGUAGCCAGUCAUCAGUUAUUAAAAGCUCUUAUGUUCUUAUUUUUUCCGUCUAAUUUCAAUCCGACCACACCUACGUGGUCUUCGUUACCAUGCUGGUGUGCAUCGUUUCAGAGUUUUAUAAUAUGUUAUGCAUAGAAGGUUUAUAAUAGCAACUAAUAUGAAGUGUCCUCCGCCCGCUGGCUCAGAGCUUGGGCCCCUAACAAUGCCCAGACGUGAUGACAGUGCACUCACAGCUGCCCACUAAGCGACAAGGACGAAUUCGACUGUGACGGCCGCGAGGCGCAGACUGGCCCGCUGCGGGGUCACUCCCACUUGCUCUCGGCUUUGGUGUCAAUACUUUCUCCCAGGGAUUUCCAGAGCCCGCCCCUAGGACGCGUCCACAAGGCAUCGGGGUGGGGGGUAUGUGAGCACCCAGCUUGGCUUUCCUAGAGAGAGACGAGCCCAGCUGGGCGUCGGGUUCGUUUCCUCCGCUUGGGGCUUGAGAAGGCACCCGGGCGCUGGAGCUCAGAGCGUCUGCCCUGGUGCCAGCUUCAGUGGAGUGCCCAGACUUCACUGGGCCGGGUCACGGCAGGCUUAUGGUCGCGAUCAUCAGUUCUUGAGAUCAGAAUGGUGCUUGGUUGUGAACUGAGCUGACCUUGAAAGAGGAGUGGGGUGGAGUGGGACGUAUUUUGAGCUAACAGAUGUUUUUCUGAACUGAUGAUUCUUUCUCCCCUCCCACCCCCUACCGCCACCCUCCCCCCCAAAAUAAAAGAAAAAGCCCCAUGUUAAUUAAAAUUAGUUUUGGACAUUACUCCAUAGACAACUUAGAAGGCAGCAGAAGUACAUAGAGAAUUGUUUUUAAAAGUUGAGAAUUUUAACUGUAAGAAAUACUUGGCUCUAUGUAACUCUUG